AGAAAACCAGAUUCUGAUCGUGGUGGGCGAGACUGGUUCAGGAAAGACCACGCAGCUUACGCAAUAUCUCGCGGAAGCUGGCUUCUCAAACAACGGCAUGAUCGGAUGCACGCAACCUCGCCGAGUCGCGGCUGUAUCGGUAGCCAAGCGCGUGGCCGAGGAAGUUGGAUGCCAGCUCGGCCAGGAAGUCGGCUACACCAUCAGAUUCGAAGACGUCACCAGUCCGGCAACGAAGAUCAAAUAUAUGACGGACGGAAUAUCCUAAUGGAUCCUGACCUAAAGAGAUAUUCCGUUAUCAUGUUGGAUGAGGCCCAUGAGCGGACAAUUGCGACUGACGUCCUUUUCGCGUUGUUGAAGAAGACCGUAAAGAAACGAGACGACCUCAAGAUCAUCGUUACAAGCGCAACUCUGGAUGCGGACAAGUUCAGCGAGUACUUCAACUCGUGCCCCAUUUUUACUAUUCCCGGACGAACUUUCCCCGUUGAGAUUCUCUAUUCACGGGAACCGGAAUCGGAUUACCUCGAUGCGGCGCUCACCACGGUGAUGCAAAUUCACCUGACCGAACCCCCGGGUGACAUACUGGUCUUCUUAACAGGUCAAGAAGAAAUCGACACGGCUUGCGAGAUUCUGUACGAAAGGAUGAAGGCUCUAGGCCCGGGUGUUCCCGAGCUCAUUGUCCUACCAGUUUACUCUGCGCUUCCCAGCGAGAUGCAGAGCAAGAUCUUUGAGCCAGCGCCGCCCGGCAGCCGCAAGGUCGUCAUUGCCACCAAUAUCGCCGAGACCUCAAUCACCAUCGACUACAUUUACUACGUGGUCGACCCCGGUUUCGUGAAGCAGAAUGCAUACGAUCCAAAGCUGGGAAUGGACUCCCUGGUGGUGACCCCUAUUUCCCAGGCGCAGGCGAAUCAGCGAGCGGGUCGUGCGGGCCGUACAGGCCCAGGCAAGUGCUUCCGUCUGUACACUGAGGCCGCGUUCCAGUCCGAAAUGCUCCCCACGACGAUCCCCGAGAUACAGCGGCAAAAUCUGUCCACUACAAUCCUGAUGUUGAAGGCCAUGGGGAUCAACGAUCUACUCCGCUUCGACUUUAUGGAUCCCCCGCCCGUCAACACGAUGCUUACGGCGCUCGAGGAACUGUAUACCCUGGGAGCGUUGGAUGACGAAGGGCUGUUGACCCGUCGGGGUAGGAAGAUGGCGGAUUUCCCCAUGGAACCAUCCCUUUCCAAAGUCCUUAUCGCCUCGGUCGACAAGGGCUGCUCUGACGAGAUGGUGACCAUCGUUUCGAUGCUCAGCCAAACCACAGUAUUCUACCGACCAAAGGAAAAGCAGAACCAAGCAGACCAGAAGAAGGCCAAGUUCCACGACCCAUCAGGCGAUCACCUCACGCUCCUCAACGUUUACAACUCGUGGAAGAACAACGGCUAUGCCAACGCAUGGUGCUUCGAAAAUUUCAUCCAGGCCCGCACGAUGCGCAGGGCCAAGGACGUACGCGAGCAGAUCGUCAAGAUUAUGGAGCGCCACCGGCACCCCAUCAUCAGCUGCGGCCGCGACACUGACAAGAUCCGGCAGUCGCUCUGCGCCGGCUUCUUCCGCAACACCGCCCGCAAGGAUCCGCAGGAGGGCUACAAGACGCUGAUCGAGGGCACACCGGUGUAUCUGCACCCCAGCUCGGCGCUAUUUGGCAAGCAGGCCGAGUGGGUCGUGUAUCAUACCUUGGUGCUCACGACGCGCGAGUACAUGCAUUUCACGACCAGCAUCGAGCCCAAGUGGCUGGUGGAGGCGGCGCCGACCUUCUUCAAGGUUGCGCCGACAGACCGCCUGAGCAAGAGGAAGCAGGCCGAGAGGAUCCAGCCGCUGUAUAACAGAUUCCAGGGCGAGGACGACUGGCGGUUGAGUGCGCAGCGGAGGGGCGGGCGGACGGGUGGUGGUGGUGGAACGUGGGGGUAGUAGCGUUGUUGUUUGGCCCGGGUUGCUGUUGCUUGCUCGGUUUAGGAUGGUUCGCUCAGCGAGCUUGUGUAUGACGCAGGCGAGUGGCUUGUCGGACCGGAAGAUAGGAUUUGUGA